GCAACGGCGGAGGUUGUAGACUUGAGUCCGGAUAUAAGUUCUAACUAGCGCUAACGCCAGCUUCACGCUGCUCGUUUCAUUGCAUGUGAAGCUUGAUGGUUUGCGAAUGAUGACAAAUCAAUCUCUUACUUCCUUAGGCGCAAACGUUGUCCUGGCUACAUCCGGUGACGAGAAUCACCCCCCAGAAAAUAUAAUUGAUGGAAACACCGACACGUUUUGGAUGUCCACUGGUAUGUUUCCUCAAGAGUUCACAAUUCGCUUUGCCGAGCCCACGAAGAUUGCUGUCAUCACAUUGGACUGCUAUAACGUCAAGGAUCUAAAGAUUGAAAAGAAUACCUCUGAUACUGUUUCCAACUUUGAGUGCAUAGCAGAGAAAGAAUUUGAACAUACUGAGGGACAACGACAGUCGCUUAAUUUUUCACUUAAUGAAACCAGUGCAACCCACCUGCGUUUCAUCAUCGCUUCAGGUUACGACCAUUUUGUCUCGGUACACAGGGUCAGUGUGGAGAGCUGACACCUCCAUGCCGGGGUUAAUAAUGGGUAUGGCAGAUUAAGUUUUGACAAUGUCUGAACAUUAUUUUUGUACAUAACCAUAACAUAAAAAGUAUA